AUGAAAGAAAACAAAGUGAAACUGCCACUGCGGACUCCAAGAACUCCAAGAACUAAAAAAAGAAAGAGGAGGAGAACUAUAUCAAGUAGCUCUAGUGGAGUUCAGACAGGAAGUGAAUCCGAUAGAACCAUCUUUAAUGAUGACAACAAGACUGUCACACAUGAUAAGUUGCAGAUCUCACAAAAUAAUGAGAAUUGUUCCAAACAAGAACCAGAACGAAAGAAAUUGAAAACUGUUGAAGAAGACAGUAAAGAUGUUGAAGAUAGUGAUGUAAAUCGUGCCAGUUCUCCUUCAGACCCUAUAGCGAAACAUGGGACAGAUAGCAUAUGUAAUGUAAAAGAAUUUAAAGACAUUUCAUCAGUUGAUAUUACAUCUAGUCAAGAUGAUUCCUCAGAUUACCCAGUUGCUCCAACUGAAGAUCCACUUACUCUGGAUAUCCCAUCUAAUACUCAUGUUGCAGAUACAAGGUUCGCCAAUGUGCCUGUGAGACAGCUACAGAAAAAUAACAGAGCAAGAAAAUCAUAUACUGGGAAGGACAUCAAACAGUCUGAGCAGAAAUCUGGGCAGAAAUCUACACAGCCCCAGAGACAGGCUGCCAGGAAAGCUGAAACUCAGAUUAAGGUUUUAGCUGAGCAAGAUUCAAUCUUCACAGAAGAGUUAGAGCAACAAGUUUCUGAAGAGGCUACUCAGAUAUGUUACCAGUGUUGUAGAAUACGUGUAUGUAAUCAUCAGGUUACGGUCAAUCGAGUUGUGAAAAAAAUUUGUUCAGAGGAAUGUGUUAAAGUUUUUCAAGCAAAAGGAGAUAAAAUAAAUAAAGAAAUAACCCCAGAAAUUGCCAAUCGCCACAGAAAAUGCCGGCAAUGUCAGAUUGCUGCUACGGGUAGUGAGAACAACUUGGCAUGGGAAACGAUGGAUUUCUGUCAAGAAGAGUGCCUAGCAAAAUUUCAGAAAGACCUUGGUGGAUUCUGUUGUUUUUGCAAGAGUUCUGUGUCUGGUGGUAGCCUGGGAAAGUACUGUGUGCGCUUCGGAUUUGACAUCAGGCAAUUCUGUGGCAGUACAUGUCUUGAAGAAUUCAAGAAAGGACUUAAAGUUUGUUGUUAUUGUCAGAAGGAUAUAUCAGGUGGAUCUGAAGGUUUCUUGGCUCCUGUUGGUGACCGAGGUCAAUUUAAGGAAUUUUGCAGCCAGAAAUGUAUGGAAAAAUAUGAUUACAUGAGUGGUAAUAAAAAACCUCCACCAGUAAUUCAUCAGUGUACGGUCUGUAAUAAUGAGAAGCUGGUGACUAUCGAAGUGAUGUUGAAUGGUGUCUAUAACCAAUUGUGCAGUGAACCAUGUUUUGCUGCUUUUAAAUUUGUUAACAGAAUUAUUGCAGAUCAGUGUAAUGUAUGUAGGAAAUAUUUUGACCUGUCAAAUGCACAUAAUUACGUUGCGUAUUAUGAUGAAGUACCUCGCAGGUUCUGUUGCAGAACCUGUAUGAAUGUGUUCAUACUGGCAAAUCGCAGAAUUGUUCCGUGUAACUGGUGCAAGGUGAAGAAGUACAAUUUUGACAUGAUUAAGCGUGUAACAGCUAGGGGUGUCCACCUACUGAUGUGUUCACUUAAUUGUCUGGCAUUGUACCAGUACUCAGUCAGUGCCACACCUACAAAGCGGAUGUUGUGUGACAUGUGUUCAGUGUUCACGCGAAUGCAGUAUCACUUGGCCAUGUCAGAUUCAUCUAUUCGUAAUUUCUGCAGCUGUGCUUGUGUCAUGAAGUUUCAAGAGCAGUACAAAAAUUCCACUGGAGAGACAUUGACAGCUAGUACUCCUAUCCCAACAGGUGGUCCAACGAAAGCAGGUAGCCAUAAAAAUUCUACUUCAGCUCCUGCAAAUGAUCUUGCACAAAAUAAGGGUGCAGCGCCAGUAAUUUCAGCAGUAACAUCAUUAUAA